AUGCCUCCCAAAUCAAAUCCAGGAGAUCAGUCUAGCUUUGGCUUUACCUUUACAUCCACAAGGCACGAUGACACGUAUCCUUUCAUUAAUCCCCUGAAAAGCAACGCUUCAGAUCUCAGGGUGUUGGUCACGGGCGCAUCCAAAGGCAUCGGCCGUGCCACUGUUAUUUCUUUCGCACGUUCCGGAGUAUCCGGCAUCGCCAUGCUUGCACGUUCAAAUCUCGAUGCAGUCGCACGAGAGGUGCUUGAAGCGGCACGUGCUGCGGGCCGGAAGGAACCAAAGCUUCUCAAACUCCAGGCGGACAUGACUGACCAGAUUGCUGUCGAGAAGGCCAUGGCGACGGUGGAACAGGAAUUUGGGAGUCUCGACGUCGUGAUCAAUAAUGCGUCAUAUCUCGAGAAGUGGAUACCUAUUGCCGAGAGUGACGUGAAUGACUGGUGGCGAACCUGGGAGGUAAAUAUCAAAGGAACCUAUCUGGUGUGUCGGGCUUCCGUGCCAUUGUUGCUCAAAGGAAAGCAGAAGAUGAUGGUGAUGGUGACCAGCGCCGGCGCUUUUAAUACAAGACCUGGAGGCAGCGCAUAUCAAACCACCAAAACAGCUCAGAUUAGGUUAAGUUAUUUCUUGAUGGCAGAAUAUGGUGAACAAGGCCUACUGGCGUACGCCAUCCAUCCAGGAGGUGUCAAGACUGAGCUUGCCAUGAACAUGCCAGAGGACAUGUACGAGAUCCUCACUUGUACACCCGAACUGGCAGCUGAUACGAUGGUGUGGCUGACUAGGGAAAGGAGGGAAUGGAUCGCCGGUCGAUAUAUCAAUGCUCCCUGGGAUAUGGAAGAAUUCCUAGCAAAGAAAGAUGCGAUCGUCCAAAACGACCUGUUAAAAAUAAAGUUGCAUGUCUGA